UUCCUUUAAUCUGCAAAAACAGGGGAGUCCUUCAAAGCUCAUCCAUCCGCUCAGUCAUCUCUCUCUUCCCUACACUCUACAGCAUUCUAAAUCCCUGAUAGUGUAAAUCCUUGCAUUUGCUUCCCUCCCUCUCUCCCUCAGUCACACACACUCUCUCUCUCCCGCUCCUCCCUAGUCGGCUGCUAUCUGAUCUAUGAUGAUAUGUGAUCUCUUGGAUACACACACACAUACACACACACACCACCAGGCAUUGCUACCCAGCUGAGCAAAAUGUCUUUCUCCUAGCAGUGGUGCUCAUCAUAGCUUUCAAAUCCUUGACAAUGUGGCCAUGCUUUCCCCUCUGCCUUCUACUUUCUCCCUGUUUCUGCCUGCUCUUCUUACCCUUGGGGCAUCUUUGCCCUACUCUCUGUAGCUGUAUGGACUCCCACACUAUAGACUGCAGGGAUCAAGGACUCCCCAGUGUUCCUAAUCUGUUUCCACUGGAUGUACGGAAACUUCUCAUAGCUGACAACAACAUUCAGGCUAUACCAGCUGAUUUCUUUAUAUUUUAUGGAGAUCUAGUCUACUUGGACUUCAGGAAUAACUCAAUCACCUCCUUAGAAGAGGGAACUUUCAGCAGUUCCACCAAACUGGUGUUUUUAGACCUAAGCUACAAUAAUUUAACGCAGCUUGAUGCUGGGAUCUUCAAGUCGGCAGAGAAGCUGAUAAAAUUAAGCCUUGGGAAUAAUAACCUAGUGGAUGUGGACGAGGCUGCUUUUGAGAACCUGGAACAGCUCCAAGUGUUAGAACUGAAUGACAAUAACUUGCAGAGCCUCAACGUGGCUGCCCUGGAUGCACUUCCAUCCCUUCGGACUAUACGUCUAGAGGGCAACCCAUGGGUCUGUGACUGUGACUUUGCCAACCUCUUCAGCUGGAUACAAGAGAAUGCAUCCAAGCUUCAGAAAGGUCUACGUGAACUCCAGUGUUCCCUGCCUGUGGAAAACAGAAGAAUCUUUCUGGACGAAUUAUCUGAGGUCAGCUUCAGUGAAUGCAAAUUUAGUUUGUCGUUAACGGACCUGUUGAUCAUCAUCUUCUCUGGAAUCGCGGUCUCCAUCGCCGCCAUUCUGUCAAGCUUCCUCUUGGCGACACUGGUGCAUUGCUUCCAGAGAUGCGCUCCCAGCAAAGAUGACGACGACGAAGAAGACAGCGAGGACUGAAGCUUUCCUGUAUUUAAAUAUCCCUCGUUUAUAGAUUACUGAGUCAACAGCCAAUGUCAAAGAAGAAGAAGAAGAAAGAAAGAAAAGCAAACCUAGAUCUCUUGACACUGGAUCUGUUUCUGUGGAGUUCAGUCAAAUGUUGCAUUUAAACUCAGGGUGGGGCUAGGGGAGGAAGAAAGAGGGGAAUGAAUCCAAAAGAAGUCCCAGUGUUUGAAAAAGAUUGUCCUCAUGAUAGCAUAUGUACUUAAUAGAUUGUUCUAACUGCACCCUGAAAAGGGCCCACUGUAUGUAGCAUAGAUACAGAGCUUUCAGUUGGAAAUACAGAAGCAAUUUCAUAUGGUCUCCUCCCUCUGCCUGUGGAGGAGGAGAGUCAGGCAAAUGAACUCAACUUCCCAAAUUCAAUUACAUUGUUCUUGGAGCUGUAUAAACCAUUAUAGGAAGUUUGACAUUUUCUUUACACACAGUGUCUCUGUAAAGAUUCUUCCACAAGUCAGUGAUCCGAGUUAUGGGCCUCAUUCAAGCAAACAAACACUUCAAAUAAGCCAAUACUGUUCUAGGUCUCAACAACAAUAAAAAGCCUCUCAAGCAUUAGCUGCCGUUAAGCAGCUGCCCAGCAUACUUUUGGCCAGGGUAUAUAAAUAAUAGAUUUCCUUUUUGGUUUUGUGUGCAAUGAAGCAAAGACAACCCUUAGCACUGCAGUACUGGGUACCAGGCUCUUUAUCCUAAUGUAUCAUUCAAAUCCUGGAACAAUGCCGAGUGUCAUUAGCCACUUGAACAUCUUCACUAUAAUCAGCAGAGGGCCACUUUAACUGGAAUUGCAGUCUGCAUACAGCAAUGUACUGAAAUACUCUGGUGCAUUUGUUCUACUUCACUACAAACAGAGCUUCAUUAUACCCAAGUUCAUGACAAUGAGACCUGAGCAUGAAGGAGAACACUGAAUUUGAACAUCCCCAAAGGUUGAGAUGUUUCUUCUGAGCUUGCCUUUUAAAAUUGGUUCCCUCAACUGAACUGAAAAAGCCCCAGUCUCGGAGCAUUUGCAAUCUGGAUCAGAUCUGUCUCUGAGUUUUGAAGCUCAAGACUAGGUCUAGCUAGAAGUGGGUUCCAAGUAUGAGUAUACGAAGUUCUCAUUAUGAAAUACAAAACAAACCAUUAAAACAUUCAUACUUAAUGCAAUGGUUCACUCUCGGAAAGUUGAGAGAUCAUUGGAUCUGGAUUGUGAAUACCCACAAUAUUGGAGAGUUUGGCAUGGAGGUUUUAGCUUGGCCCAGCAUUGAGAUGAGGCCAAGGGUAAAAUGUGGCUGUGGAUCUUGGUGCAGAAUACAAAUCCCCAUCCAUAUUUAGUCACCAAUUCAGGGCAGGAUUUAAAUAUGUGCUGAAGCCCCAGUGAUUUCAGUAGAAUUGAAGCACAUGCUUAAGUGCUGUCCUGAAUAAGGAUGCUUUGAUGAAUCAGGGUCUUAGGAGGUACUCUCAUAGCAGAGAUGGUUUCUCCCUGCUCUCUGCCAAUCAUCCCAGCAGCGUUGUCACUGGAUAGAAGGUUUAUGUUAUGUUUCCAUGAGGCAGGGAUCACCAGGGAGUUUGUUCAGGAAGGGGGUUGACAUUUAUUAAAGAAUGUUUUAAAUCAUUUAUUUCUCCAGUGAGUCAAUAUUGAAUAAAUAGACAUGAUGAAAAAUUAUGAUUGCAAUGCAUGGAACUGGGGUGAGAUAUUAGAAGAACUGGGGAUCUUCUCCUACUCUUGCUCUGGCAGCAUGACAUAAUCAAUGAAAAUUAUUGGCCAAUAAGGCCCUGAUCUUGCAAGCAGAUCCAGGCGGGCGAAUCCUGGCAUUCACACACCCCUUAUUGACUUCAGUUGGACUUCAAGCAGGAGCAAGGGUCUGCUUGCAGAAUCUGGCUCUAAAUUAUUGUUUUGAAAUACUAAGGGCUCUGUUCUGCUCACAGUUGCACUGGUAUAAAUCCAGAAUAACACCAGUGAAAUCAAUGGAGUUAAUCCAGAUUGGCACCAGUGCAAACAAGAGCGGAAUCUGGCUCUAGGAUGUAUCAAUUCUGACUGUAUUAUAGGUCUUGUCAAAACUUGAUUUCAUCUAUAAAAGGGCAGAUAUUUUUGUUAAAAAGAUAAAUGAACAUUUAUUACAGGAGAUUUUUGGAAUAGCACUGGAUAGCUUUUUUGAACAAGUAUAUUUUUAAAAAAUUUGUCAUGGAAAUAUUUUUUUAAAAAUGUACAUACUGAAAAUAUUAUUUAGAAAAGCUACGAAGACUGAAAAUAGUACAAAAAAACAAAAACGAACAAAAAACGUCAAAGCAAGCCAAGAACUAUGCUCCAUUGUAGAAGACUCAGAUGUGACCAUAAGUAGCAUCUAGCUACUGUAAAAACCUGUAUUGUUUCUGUAAAACUUUUUUUUGCUAUGAUUUUGCCUUGCACUAUUCAUGCAGAUUGAUUUUUAUUGCAAUCACCCAAAUCCCUUGUAUCUAUAUUGUGUGCUAAUUGCUCAAGCUGAUGGGAGUGAAAUUUAAUUUGCCUAUUUGACAGGUGGUGUGGGUCAGUGGAUAGGGAACAAGACUGGAACUCAAGAGACCUGCGUUCAGGUUCCAACUCUGACUGUGACAGGUCUCAUUCCAUCUCUGUGCCUCAGUUUCCCUAUCUGUACUAGAGGGAUUAAUACUUAUUUAUCUUUACAAAGUGCUUUGAGAUCUGUGGGUGAAAAGCACUAUAUCUUGGGCUAGGUAUUAUUAUUACAUAAGCUAGGCUGGUGCACAAGACAUACAGUAAGUCUAAUUCUGAUUUUACAUCAGUAUAAUUCCAUUGAUGUCAGUGGAGUUACUUCUCAUGUACACCAGGG